GGAGACGCCAGCCAAAAGAGGCGGGGUUGCAGGAGGAGAGUCCGCUCUGCGCAAUCCAGUCCGGGACUUGGCUCCGCCCGGGAGCGUCGGCCUCUCCGGUGACAGAGGAGUAGUGAGCUGCACGGGGUGAGGCUGCAGCCAACUCCGCUCCCCGCGCACUCCGCUGCCCAGGCGCUCGGGACGCAGUAGCUGCGCUUCUCCGCGGUGCCGAAUGCCCGCGAUGCCGGCCUAAGGAGCGUGCGGCAGCGGCCAGCAUCGCCACACCCCGGCCACCGCGCUCCCGGCUGCAGAAAGGGGACAGCGCUUUGCACCCUUGCCCCAGCCCCCACCCCGCCCCCCGUCAUGAAAUGACUUGUUAAUCGGCGCAGACACCACCAAGGGGGACUCACCGGAGUGGAAUCCAAGUGGAAUUUGGAUUUGGAGAAGAGUUUCUUGAACAUUUACCCUCGUCCUUGUUGGUUCUUUUUCUUCUUUCUUUUCUUUCCUUUUAAUUUUUUWAAAAAUAUUUGGCUUCUUUCUUGAUCUCCCCUUCCCCGCCUUUCAUUGGAGAUGAUCACAGCUCGCUUGUAUCCCAGAAAGUAGUCUUCACGACUGUUGCCCCAAAAGAGACAAGCACACAUGUAGGAAUGACAAAGGCUUGCGAACGAAAGAGCGCAGCUGGAGGCCCGGAGAGAUCUUCUCGAUAAUGGAUUACUAAAUGGGAUACACUCUGUACCAGUUCGUUCCGAGCCCUGGCUGCCUGCUCGUCGAUGCACCGAAAAGGGUGAAGUAGAAAAAUAAAGUCUCCCCGCUGAACUACUAUGAGGUCAGAAGCCUUGCUGCUAUAUUUCACACUGCUACACUUUGCUGGGGCUGGUUUCCCAGAAGAUUCUGAGCCAAUCAGUAUUUCGCAUGGCAACUAUACAAAACAGUAUCCGGUGUUUGUGGGCCACAAGCCAGGACGGAACACCACACAGAGGCACAGACUGGACAUUCAGAUGAUUAUGAUCAUGAACAGAACCCUCUACCUUGCUGCUAGGGACCAUAUUUAUACUGUUGAUAUUGACACAUCCCACACAGAAGAAAUUUACUGUAGCAAAAAACUGACAUGGAAAUCUAGACAAGCUGAUGUAGACACAUGCAGAAUGAAGGGAAAACAUAAGGAUGAGUGUCACAACUUUAUUAAAGUUCUCCUGAAGAAAAACGAUGAUACGUUGUUUGUCUGUGGAACCAAUGCCUUCAACCCUUCCUGCAGGAACUAUAAGAUUGAUACUUUGGAACCUUUUGGGGAUGAAUUUAGUGGAAUGGCCCGAUGCCCUUAUGAUGCCAAACAUGCCAACGUUGCGCUGUUUGCAGAUGGAAAACUAUACUCGGCCACAGUGACUGACUUCCUGGCCAUUGAUGCAGUCAUUUACCGGAGUCUUGGAGACAGCCCUACCCUGAGGACCGUCAAGCACGAUUCAAAAUGGUUGAAAGAACCAUACUUUGUCCAAGCAGUGGAUUAUGGAGACUAUAUCUACUUCUUCUUCAGGGAAAUCGCUGUGGAGUACAACACCAUGGGAAAGGUUGUUUUCCCUAGAGUCGCUCAGGUUUGUAAGAAUGACAUGGGAGGGUCUCAGAGAGUCCUGGAGAAACAGUGGACAUCUUUCCUGAAGGCUCGACUGAACUGCUCAGUGCCUGGAGACUCUCAUUUUUAUUUCAACAUACUCCAGGCGGUUACAGACGUGAUCCGUAUUAAUGGCCAUGAUGUUGUCCUGGCAACCUUUUCCACACCUUAUAACAGCAUCCCUGGGUCUGCAGUUUGUGCCUAUGACAUGCUUGACAUUGCCAAUGUAUUUACUGGGAGAUUCAAGGAACAGAAGUCUCCCGAUUCCACCUGGACACCAGUUCCUGAUGAACGAGUCCCUAAGCCUAGGCCAGGUUGCUGUGCUGGCUCAUCCUCCUUAGAGAAAUAUGCCACCUCCAAUGAAUUUCCUGAUGACACCCUGAACUUCAUUAAGACUCACCCGCUCAUGGAUGAGGCAGUACCUUCCAUCAUCAACAGACCAUGGUUCCUGAGAACGAUGGUCAGAUACCGCCUGACCAAAAUUGCAGUAGAUACUGCUGCUGGGCCAUAUCAGAAUCACACUGUGGUUUUCCUGGGAUCAGAAAAAGGAAUCAUCUUGAAGUUCUUGGCCAGGAUAGGAAACAAUGGUUUCCUAAAUGACAGUCUUUUCCUGGAGGAGAUGAGCGUUUACAACCCAGAAAAAUGCAGUUAUGAUGGAGUAGAAGACAAAAGGAUUAUGGGCAUGCAGCUGGAUAGAGCCAGUAGCUCUCUGUACGUUGCAUUCUCCACCUGUGUGAUCAAGGUUCCUCUUGGCCGCUGUGAACGACACGGGAAGUGUAAAAAAACCUGUAUCGCCUCCAGAGACCCAUAUUGUGGGUGGGUAAAGGAAGCAGGUUCCUGUGUUCAUCUGUCACCCAACAGCAGACUGACUUUUGAGCAGGACAUAGAGCGUGGCAAUACAGAUGGCCUGGGAGACUGUCACAAUUCCUUCGUGGCACUGAAUGACAUUUCAACUCUUCUACCAGAUCAUGAAAUGUCUUACAACACAGUGUAUGGGCACGCCAGUUCCCUCUUGCCCAGCACCACCACAUCAGAUGCAGCGGCUCGAGAGGGGUAUGAGUCUAGGGGAGGAAUUCCGGACUGGAAGGACCUGUUCGAUUCACCUGACAGCACAGAUCCUUUCGGGGCAGUGUCUUCCCAUAAUCACCAAGACAAGAAGGGAGUGAUUCGGGAAAGUUACCUCAAAGGCCAUGAUCAGCUCGUUCCUGUCACCCUCUUGGCCAUUGCAGUCAUUCUGGCUUUUGUCAUGGGGGCCGUCUUCUCUGGCAUCAUCGUGUACUGUGUCUGUGAUCACCGGCGCAAGGAUGUGGCUGUGGUGCAGCGCAAGGAGAAGGAGCUCGCUCACUCACGCAGGGGAUCCAUGAGCAGUGUCACCAAGCUCAGUGGCCUCUUUGGGGACACCCAGUCCAAAGACCCCAAACCAGAGGCCAUCCUCACGCCGCUCAUGCACAACGGCAAGCUUGCCACUCCCAGCAACACCGCCAAGAUGCUCAUUAAGGCUGACCAGCACCACUUGGACCUUACGGCCUUGCCCACCCCAGAGUCUACCCCAACACUGCAGCAGAAGCGGAAGCCCAGCCGUGGCAGCAGGGAGUGGGAGAGGAACCAGAACCUCAUCAAUGCCUGCACAAAGGACAUGCCCCCUAUGGGCUCCCCUGUGAUUCCCACGGACCUGCCCCUCCGGGCCUCCCCCAGCCACAUCCCCAGCGUGGUGGUCCUGCCCAUCACACAGCAGGGCUACCAGCAUGAGUACGUGGACCAGCCCAAACUGAGUGAGGUGGCCCACAUGGCACUGGAGGACCAGGCCGCCACCCUGGAGUACAAGACCAUCAAAGAUCAUCUCAGCAGCAAGAGUCCCAACCAUGGGGUGAGCCUCGUGGAGGACCCAGACAGCCUGCCCCCCAAGGUCCCACAGCGCGAGGCCUCCCUGGGCCCUCCGGGAGGCUCCCUGUCCCAGAACGGCCUGAGCAAGCGACUGGAAAUGCACCACUCCUCUUCCUACGGGGUUGACUAUAAAAGGAGCUACCCCACGAACUCGCUCACGAGAAGCCACCAGGCCACCACUCUUAAAAGAAACAAUACUAACUCCUCCAAUUCCUCUCACCUCUCCAGAAACCAGAGCUUUGGCAGGGGAGAUAACCCGCCUCCUGCCCCACAGAGGGUGGACUCUAUCCAGGUGCACAGCUCCCAGGCAUCGGGCCAGGCCGUGACUGUUUCGAGGCAGCCCAGCCUCAACACCUACAAUUCACUAACGAGGUCGGGGCUGAAGCGUACUCCCUCGCUAAAGCCAGACGUACCUCCCAAACCCUCCUUUGCUCCCCUUUCCACAUCCAUGAAGCCCAAUGAUGCRUGUACAUAAUCCAGGGGGAGGGGGUCAGGAGUCGAACCAGCAGGCAAGGCRAGCGCCCGCUCAGCUCAGCAAGGUUCUCAACUGCCUGGAGUAUCCACCAGACCAAGAUGGCCCACGGCAGAACUGAGGACGCUAGCUGGGUCCUCCUCUGGGACGCAGGGGUACUCUCAAUCGGGCCAUGUGGUUUGGUGAAGGUUCGCAACAGUGGGACUCACCUCCAUUCUCUUCCUUCACCCUCCCGCACACCCUACAGCAGGUUGGACCCACAAAAGACUUCAGUUAUCAUCACAAACAUGAGCCAAAAGCACAUACCCACCCACCCCCCCAUGCACACAUGCACAUGCACACACAACAACACACACAGACACACACACACACACAGUUGAACAGCAGCCACAACAUGGUGUCCAUGACUGCACGGGACGUUGCCAAACUGGGCUAGCGUUCCAAACUGCAAAAACACAAAUACAUUUUUUAAAAAAUCAUGAAAAUUAAAAAAAUAUAUAUAUAAAGAAUUCAUUGAUAAUUCUAACUCAGACUUUAACAAUGGCAGAAGUUUACUAUGCGCAGAUACUGUGAAAUGCCCACCAGUGUUACAGCUUUUAUGUUAUAGCGGAUAAAUGCCAUGUUGGGCAACUAUGUCAUAGAUUUCUGCUCCUCUCUUUUAAUGAAAUAACGUGACCGUUAACGCAAGUAACUCUUUAUUUAUUGUUCUACUCUUUUUUUUUUUCUUAAGGAAAGGACUCUUCCAUAUAUCAUCCUAUGAACAGCUCUUCUGAAGCCCACAGAAAGUUAAAACUAUUUAACGUGAAAUCCAUUAACUGGAAUAAUUGAGUUUCUUUAUUUUUACAAUAAAUUCACUGAGUAAAUAAGUUGGAGCUGGAAUUCUGAGCUUUGUGUUUGGACUGUCUGGUCUGUAGCUAAAGGAAAGCAUUAAGAGGGGAAUAUUUAUUUAAGUCUACCAGUUAAUUUGAUGGUCAGGUCUCUGGCCAUAACAUGCAAAAAAAAAAAAAAAAAAAAAAUCCAUUAGUUUCAUAGUCCUCCCAGAUCCUAACUUCUGAAGCAACCAGGAGAGAAACUUCUAGAAUGGCACAUCAUGUCCCAUUACUGCCGAAGUGGCUCUUGUCAGUGGUCCCCACUUUCUGCGAAGGCACCAGCUUGAGAUCCACCAUCUCAUUUCACYUUGCAUGUGAGACAGCAAAGCGAAAUCCACAAUCGGUGUGAACUAAUUAAAAUGCUGGCUGCUACCUUGCAUAAAUUAAUGGUUUGAUCACACGGGUUUUUCGUGGGGUUACAUCUGUGAAUAGCCUGUUUUCCACAUGUAAAUUUGUGCCUUACACCCUGAGUUGUGUACACCUGUAAACUGUCAUAUGAUCAAUUUUUUCUUCCUUUUGAAAUAAAUGCAGAUAUUUAUUUAACCCUCCCCACGACCCCCACUCCAGCCCUCUGGGGGAUUGGAGUCAAGCAGAUGGAAGAAGAACACAGCGGCAAAAGUCGUAAAGACACCGCAGCCUGGGAGCACUGGGUGGCACACACCCUCUGAUUCACACUGCCUUCUAGUCGUGCCAACUCGAACCACCCUUUGGCUGUGCUGCCGAGCAUGGACCCCAGUGUCGUGGGUGGCAAAUCCCAGAGCCCCUGCUUCCCUUAUAUUCUCAGAUCAUUUCAAUAUGGUGACAUCCUCAUUAGGCAGCAGAAAAGGGACUAACGUCUCAGUCCUCAUUCUGCUGUGUCCACUGGCUGGAGAAUACACUGUGUGCCAUUGGGCAGGCACCUGGGAGGAGUCUCCAAGCUGUGCUGCACGUACACAGCACACAAAGCAACGACGUGGAAAUAGAUGCAGGCAGGCUGGUCCCUGCUGUGAUUAAAGAGUAACUUGAAGUAUGAGGCCAACCACAAUGGAUGCUGCAAACACAUUGACUGGGGCAAAGUAUUUUCAGUUAUUUUUAAAUUUCUUUAUCAUUUUGUUAUUGUUUCUAGGAGGUUGGGAGGGGAUGGCCUGUGUGUCUCUCCCCAUGGUUUUCAUUUCGUUCAAGCACACAGAAGAGACUUCUGUUUACUCUAUCAUGAACAAAAGAAUUGUCAACAUACUGUAAACCGUAAGCAUUGUUGUCAGUUGUUAGUGUUUUUGUUUAUUUAAAAAAAAAAAAAAACGUUAAACAGUAUAUUUGGUGGUCUUCUUGUCCCUUUUAAUUUCUAGUUUGAUCUUCUGGGUUUAGUUUUGUCUUUGAAAAUUUUUUAAGAAACUUGCAGAGAAAGACUGAGUUGGUUAGGGGAACGCGGUGGCUCCACAGUCAGAUCUGAGUGUCGCUGCGGGUGCGAGCACAGCCCUUGGCUCCCAGAGUUCCUCCAGGUUUGGUUGUUUGUUUGGGGUCGGUUGUAGCUAUUGUUUUGUUUUGUUUUUUAGUGGAGUCCUUGUUCACAUUCUGUGAACUCUGUACCCUGAACCCAUGAUUUCUGGAAGACUUGCCUGGAAAUCAAGAUACUGUUUUCUCCCUUUUCUUCAAAAAAUGCAGAAGUUAGGGAGGUGAUGGGUGUGUGUCACCCUGCUACCUUCACCCUCGUGCUUGACUCCCAAGAGUAUUGACAGUGUCGUGCCCACCACUCGUCGACUUGAGCACCACCGAAUGCCGGUGUCUGCGGGCAUCAUUGUCUCCGCUGUGCUAAGGAGACCUGUGUCAAAACUUACACGUCCCAUAUCCCUGCAUCCCACCACCUGUCACUUGCGGUGUUAACCCUACUAUGCCCACAUGUAUUGAGCUGGUCUUCUGCAUUGAAGUGUUUCCCCCUUUCUUUUCCCCAUUGCGUGUGGGGGGAGGGUCCAUAAACCCGAGUGUGCCUUUGCUUCCCACCCUUGCUAGACACUGUAGAUGCAAAAACUCAGAUUUAUAUUUGUUGUAAAGUUGUAAAAAUAUUGUGAUGUCACCAAUUUUCCUUCCAUCUCCACAUCCCCUAACAUCUGAUUCACGACUUAAUGUAUGUUGUAAAAAGAAAAACAAAAAGAAAAGAAAAAAAAGGGAAAAAAAGCAAGAAAAAGGCUCUUUAUUACUGAAAAGUAAUAAAACCAGACUGUUCUACAUUA